AUGGGUGGGGCGUGCUCUUUAGCUGGUUGUCAGAGCCCGACUACAUCAACGACAGGCUUCAAGGAAAGGAAGGCGGCGACGCAGGAGGAUCGAACGGUGGAAUCAGCAGAGCAGACGGCUCCACUACCUAUCGGAAAACACCUUGUGAAGAAGCUCAGCCGACAGCGAUGGAUGGCUGAGGCGGCCAGGGUCAUGCUUUCCGGGUAUCAUAAAGUGGAGGAGAAGGCCAACGAGAUCUCUGUCUCCGCUAAAGAGGAAUUCAAUAUAGAGAAGUUACAGCUGGUCGAGGCGGAGAAGAAGGAUAUAGGCAGGAAUACGAGCGCAAGAAGGAGCAAGUCCACCGCCAUUGGAACCUUCGACAACGUCUCAAUUGAGAUCCUCUCCUUCUCCAGCCUUCGGCGCCACCCGACCCUUGAGGCUCAGAGUGUAACUCACAAGUCACUUCUCUCUAUUUCUUCGAGCCGCCGGCUGCUCAAGCUUCAGACAGGAAGUGAUUUUCAUGCCCAAUCAGAGUUGUUUUGGUCGAGAAUGAUGAAGAAGCUAAAGAACCCAUUAGUUUACUUGGAUGUUUCAGUAGAUGGAGGUACUGCUGACAGAAUUGAAAUCGAGUUGUUUGCUGAUGCGGUUCCUAAGACAGCUGAAAAUUUUCGGGCUCUCUGCACAGGUGAGAAGGGUGUUGGAGCCACAACAGGGAAGCCUUUGCACUAUAAGGGCACAGUGUUUCAUCGGAUCAUAAAAGGAUUUAUGGCUCAAGGCGGUGACUUCUCGAAAGGAGAUGGUACUGGUGGAGAAAGUAUUUAUGGAGGCAAAUUCCGUGAUGAAAAUUUCAAGUUGGGUCAUAAAGAGCCUGGUCUUCUGUCUAUGGCUAAUAGUGGUCCAAACACAAAUGGAUCUCAGUUCUUUAUUACUUUUAAGCAGCAGCAUCAUCUGGAUGGAAAACACGUUGUGUUUGGAAAGGUUGUGAAUGGAAUGGAUGUUAUCAAGAAAAUGGAACAGUUAGGAUCAUCUGGUGGAAAACCAUCCGGGUUCGUAAAAAUUGUUGAUUGCGGUGAGAUGUCCAAAACCGAUGCACAAAAUGCAGUCGAGGUCGAUGAAGAGAAAAAGAAAAAACCAACAAGUUCGGAUGGUCAGGCAAAAGGGAAGAAGAAAGUACCUGUCAAGACUAAGAGGAGAAAGAGAAGCUACUCUUCAUCUGAUUCCUACAGCUCUAGCUCUGACUCCUACUCUGAUUCGGACUCAGACUUAGACUCGUUAAGAACUGAGUCACACUCGGAUUCUGAUUCGGAUACCGAUUCAUAUUCUUCGACUUCAUCCAGUGAUGGACGCCGAAGGAAGAGAAGGAAAUUGGUAAAGAGAGGAAGACAUCAGCAUGGGAAAAGGAAGCAAAGAGAGCGUCGUAGUAGAAGACCAAGACGGAAGUCUAAAAGGAGCUCGCGGAGUUCUAGUGAUACUGAUAGCAGUGACAGUGAUAGUAGCAGAACUUCUGGUGAUGAAAAUGUGCGUAGAGGCAAAUCUUCACGAAAAAUAAAGGCAUCAAGCGAUGGCAGUGAUAGUAGCAGAACUUCUGAUGAUGAAAAUGUGCGUAGAGGCCAAUCUUCACGGAAAACAAACGCAUUAAGCAAAGAAGAAAAAAAAUCUGCUCAAACUCUUGGGAAUGCGAAAAAGUCACCGGUUCCUCCCGUAGGAUCCAUCGAGCAGAAAAAACACAAUGAUAAGAAAAAAAGCGGGGAUGACUCGUCUCAUGAAGAGGGUGAAUUUUCUCGAAAGAAUGAUAAACAUGUGAAUAACAACAAGGAGGACCUUAUCAACAAUAGUCAAACUGGUAUUGGAUUGCGUCAAUCUGAUAAUUCAGGCCGAUCCAGGAGCCCAACACCAAGCCGAAGUCCUAGGUAUCGAGAGAAUAAUAAGAAACCAUCUGGUCAGCAAGGCACAAGACAUCCUUCUACGAGCCCUGCAAGAAAAGCUCCUCCUCAACCUUCUACUUCUAAUCAUGGCAGAGAGUUAUCCCGAAGCCGCUCGCCAGGUGGAACCACAAAACGCGUUAGGAAAGGCAGAGGCUUCACUGAAAGAUAUGCCUUUGUUAGAAAAUAUCGCACACCGUCUCCAGAACGUUCUCCCGAUAGAUCCUAUCGUUAUGGUGGAAGAUAUAACCAAAGGAACAACGACAGGUAUUCAAGCUACAGAAGUACAUAUGAACACUCACGACAUUACCGAAGUUCGCCUAGGAGAGGAAGGAGCCCGCCAAGGUACGAGCGCAAAAGAAGUAGAAGUAGGUCCACUUCACGAAGCCCUGGUCCCUACCGUAGCCGCCGGCGCCCCACAAGAAGUCCGGUUCGCAGCCCAAGCCCAGCCGACAGGCGUCCAGUUCUUAGCGACCGACUGAAAUCGCGUUUGGGCCCGCGGAAGGAUGAUCGGCCCAUUUCACGAUCGAGGAGCCGUAGUCCGGCCCGAUCUAGAUCCAGUAGUGAUAUGGGUCCAAAAAAGCGAGUGGGAAAAGCUUCGUCUCGUUCGCCUGUAAGUCCACGAUCGAGCCCUUCAGGUGGUGGACAACGGGGCUUAGUGUCGUACGAGGAUGUCAGUCCACAUAAUGGGGUGAAUUAG